CCUCACCACCCACUGUUGAAUAUCCGGCGUCUGUGAACAUUUUAUUUGUUUGGUGUCGUGUCGUGUCGUGUGUUUAUUUGUUUGCUGUACCUUUCGCUUGUUGGUUAGCAAGAACUAUCCAGGAAGAGCUUUUUUAUGGACUUCAAAUGGAAUGCUUACAAAGAUGAUUCGGGAAUAAUCCUGUUUUACCAUAAUUCGAUAACAAAUGAGUAUCGGCUGUCAAAUAACACGAAUUUGAGCAAGAAUGGCAAGUGUAAUGAAAAUAUGUCUCAGAUCAAAAUCGAAAAGGCAAACUCAGAUGACAAUACUCAAGAGAAGACAGCACAAAUACUGAAAUCACACUCUGAGGAUAGAAAAAAUACCAAUCCAAAUCAGGAAACUGCAGAAAUUGAAGACCAGGAGUAUUAUAUAAAUGAUUAUUUACAAGAAUAUUUAAUUCCAAAUGGCAAUAAGAAAAUCAAGAGAAGAAAGAGGUAUUACUGUGAUGUUUGUAAGACAACAUUUGGAAAGAAAUGGGGUCUUACUCGACAUUUGAAAACCCUUGCUCAUGCCCAGGUGACAAGCAAUAGUCAAUGCAUGUGUGGAAAUUGCGGCAAAGACAUGGCUACUCCAGAACGACUUGCUAAACACAUGGAGACCCAUAAAAAAAAGUUUGGGUGUGACAUUUGUGAGAAAGAGUUUGUGUUUUAUUCUAGUCUAGAAAAACACAGGAAAGUCCACCAGGAGAGAAACCCCAACCGCUGCCACCUCUGUGAAAAGGAAUUUGAUACCCCAUCAAAGUUGAAAGUACAUAUGCGCAAGCACACACAAGAGAAACCAUAUGAGUGUGAAACCUGUGGCAAACAAUUUAGAGGAACCAGUGAUCUUAUCCGGCAUAAGAGAAUACACACUGGGUGUAAACCAUUUCUCUGUGAGGUUUGUGGUCAGGGUUUCAACUGCCAUGCAAAUAGGAAUCGCCACUUGCGAACAGUACACUCUAACAUAAGACCAUAUACAUGUAACAAUUGCCAGAAAACAUUUAAGACUAAAUGUGAUUUGAAACAGCAUAUUUCAAGACACAAUGCAGGGAAGCAUCAGUGCAAUGUUUGUAAAAAAUCAUAUGCUGACUUGAAAAAUUUAGAGGAUCAUUUGCGAAGUCAUGUUGGUGAGAAACCAUAUGAGUGUGAGAUCUGUGGGAAAGCUUACUCUAUUCGUGGAAGUUUGUCUGCUCAUAUGAGGGUCCAUAAGCUGGAAAAACCCUAGAUGCUUGGACUGUCCUGAAGUGUGUACUUCAAAGAAAAUGUUAGUCAAUCAUAGACGGAUUCACAAUGGAUUAUCUCACAAAUGGGUGUAAUCUUAAGUUUCCAUUUGCUGAAGCAAUGCUAAGAGAUCAAAAAAUAAUUAACUGUAAUAGCAUCAUCAAAGCUAACCCUGGGUUCAAAAUGUUUUCCUAAUGUCGGGGCAACAAAAUGUAAUAGCAAAAUUAUGCAUAUUCUAUUCCAAUUUUCAGGUUUUCAAGAUUAGACCUGCAUGGACUUUUCCCAAAAAAAUCAUGACACGCAUAAAAAUAAUUAUAUAUAUAAUUAAAAGGUUCAAAUCUUGUAUAGGAAAAUAUAGGUUAUUUAAAUUAAAAUGAAAUUUAGAAAAUGACAAAAAAACAUUACUUCUAACACUGUAAACAAAAAUAAGUCAAGAUUAUAAAAGAUGAUUUUUAUUCCCACUCAUGAAAAAACUUUAAAUGAACAUUAUGCAUUGAUUGUAAAUUGAUUUAGAAUGUUACAUUUCAUUAUAAUUUUCUUUUAUGAAUGAGAGUCAGGAAUUCGUCCCUUGAUCUAGGGUCUUCUCUUAGAACUCCUAACAUACAACUAGUGACUGUUUCACUACUUGGUUUCUGCACGCCCCUCAUCACCAUACACAUGUGUCUAAAAUGAAACAAAAAAUAAUAUAUAAUCAUAGAAUUCCAUAAUAUCUUGAUUUGUAAAUCUUUUGUCAAACUCUUACUGUGAACAUAACCUUCAAUAAGCUGACAGCUCAAUAUAAUUCCAUAAAAUCCUGAUUUGUAAAUCUUUAUUUGUCAAACUCUAUAACGUGUAACCUCCAAUAAGUUGACAGCUCCAUAUAAAUAACAAGACAUGUUCUUUCAUCUCAAGGGUGCCUGUUAUAAUAAGCCUAAAAAAUGACAACAUACUAAUUUUACACUGGCCAGCACUUACAGCACUCAUAAAGUCUACAACAAGAUCUGCAGUCAGAAACCUUGCAGCUGUUUGGAAUUAGGGAGAAAGGAAGGAUAUUUUUGGACAUGAUUGAGCAGAGAAUUUUCAAUAAAAGAAAGCUGCUCACAUUUUUGUUCACAUCUUUGCAAGCUUGAUAUGUACGCUAACCAUAUCUAUUGACUGUUUGUACUUACUUUGCCUCUAUGACAACACCCACUCCUGCUGGAUUGACAGCCUCGACAAUCGCCAUGGCAAUCUGUUUGGUGAGCCUUUCUUGGACUAAAAAAAGAAGAAACAAAACUAAAACCUGGGCUAUUGUAGAAAUAUUAAUAAAAUUCCUCUUUUUCUGGUUCCUGUAAUAUUAAAACAGAAAGUGGGAUUCUACAUAUAAUGUCGAUGAAAUUGGGAUUUGGUUCACCAGAAUGUGGAUAGGAGUAAGAUUUAGGUGACAAUAUACAGCUCAGACAAUGGGAUUUAAAAGAACAGAAUUAAGACCAACAUUAGGACUCAUUAAGUGGUAUUUUGCAAUAUUCACCUUGUAAUCUCCUGCUAAACAUUUCAACAAGCCUGUAAAAAAUAAAGCAAUUCUAGAUUAG